GAUCGAAUAGGAAGAAUAUUCCAAAAUCCCCAAUACGUACGUACGUGUUUGUGUGUUUCUGAAAAAAAAGAUGUCGGUGGGAGAGAUUGCAUGCACAUAUGCUGCUUUGAUUCUUCACGACGAUGGAAUCCCCGUCACUGCCGAUAAAAUAGCAACACUUCUAAAGGCGGCGAAUGUGACCGUUGAAUCGUACUGGCCGAGUCUGUUUGCCAAGCUUUGUGAGAAAAGGAACAUCGACGAUCUCAUCAUGAACGUUGGAUCCGGUGGUGGUGCUGCUGCUGGUGCCGUCGCGGCGGCUGCUCCUACCGGAGGCGCUUCUGUUGGUGCUGCUGCUGCCCCCGCCACCGAGGAGUCAAAGGAGGAGGAGUCAAAGGAGGAGGAGAGUGAUGAGGAUUUGGGUUUCAGUUUGUUUGAUUAGCUGUUUUUUUCUUUUCUUCUUUUUCUAUAAUCUUGUUUUAAUUAUUAUUGCAGAAUUGUUCUCAGAGAGUAGUUUGAGAUGAUAACUACCUCUUUUUAGGGUUUCGUUUUUUUAAUUUAUGAAGUUCAAUUUUGAUUUCAGACUCCUGACCUUCGAUUU